UACACCGUAAACAGUUGCCCCGAACCGAACACGUCAGCUACGCGGAUUGAUUAAAAACAAUUUGUUUGGAUAAUUUCAAUAAAUUGUUUGUUGCUGUAACUGCUCGCUUGCAGAGUAUUUGAACAUACACAACGAUAUAGUUAACAGGCUGAUUCUAACUCUGCUGCAAAAUGGUACUCAUUGCUGCCGCAGUCUGCACAAAGAAUGGGAAAGUCAUACUGUCACGUCAGUUUGUGGAGAUGACGAAGGCACGGAUCGAGGGGUUGUUGGCUGCAUUUCCCAAGCUGAUGACAGCUGGAAAGCAGCACACGUAUGUGGAGACGGACUCAGUUCGGUAUGUGUAUCAGCCGAUGGAGAAGCUCUACAUGCUGUUGAUAACAACAAAAGCAAGUAACAUUUUGGAGGAUUUGGAAACACUGCGUCUGUUCUCUAAAGUGAUCCCGGAGUAUAGCCACUCCCUGGAGGAGAAGGAGAUUGUCGACAAUGCAUUUAAAUUAAUAUUCGCUUUCGAUGAAAUUGUUGCGCUGGGCUACAGGGAAAGCGUAAAUUUGGCGCAAAUUAAGACAUUUGUUGAAAUGGACUCUCACGAGGAGAAAGUCUAUCAGGCGGUGCGUCAGACACAAGAGCGCGAGGCACGUCAAAAGAUGCGCGAGAAGGCUAAAGAGCUGCAGCGUCAACGCAUGGAGGCCAACAAGCGUGGUGGUCCAUCAAUGUCCAGCAGCAUGGGUGGACGCAGCGGUGGCUUCAGUUCCGACAGCUUCGGCAGCAGUGGUAUCAGCAGCGCCGCAGGCGCACCGUCUAUUGAGUUGGACAGCAAACCUGUGCCGUCAAAAACAGCGCAAAAGCCUGGCUCGCGCAACGCUCUCAAAUUGGGUGGCAAAUCGAAGGAUGUAGACAGUUUUGUCGAUCAGCUGAAGAGCGAGGGCGAAAAAAUUGCCAAUUUGACGCCAGCUGCGGCUGUCGGAGCCGGCGGUACAGGCUCCAGUGCUAGUGCAGCGGCCAAAGCUAAAAUUUCUGCAGACAUUCAUACGGAGAGCGUACAUUUGAAAAUGGAGGACAAAUUGACUGUGCGUUUGGGCCGCGAUGGUGGCGUCCAACAAUUCGAGUUGGCUGGCCUCCUAACACUACGUAUUAGCGAUGAAAAUUUGGGCCGCAUUAAGGUUAAAUUGGCCAAUAACGACACACAGGGUAUUCAGUUGCAAACACAUCCGAAUGUGGAUAAGGAGUUGUUUAAGACUCGCGCCAUGAUUGGCCUCAAGAAUCCGGCCAAGCCCUUCCCCUUGAACACGGAUGUGGGUGUGCUUAAGUGGCGAUUCAUUUCGCAGGACGAGUCCGCCAUACCGCUAACCAUCAAUUGCUGGCCAUCAGAUAAUGGUGAAGGCGGCUGCGAUGUAAACAUUGAAUACGAGCUGGAAGCACAGCAUUUGGAGCUACAGGAUGUGUCCAUUGUCAUUCCAUUGCCCUUGAACGUACAACCCUCAGUUGCCGAGUUCGAUGGCACAUACAAUUACGAUUCACGCAAGCACGUCCUACAGUGGAAUAUUCCCAUAAUUGAUGCAAACAACAAGUCCGGCUCUAUGGAGUUCAGCUGCAGCGCCUCAAUACCUGCCGACUUCUUCCCUUUGCAAGUGUCAUUCGUAUCGAAGACGCCAUAUGCUGCCAUCAGAGCGCUCGAUGUCGUCCAAGUGGACACCGAUGCAUCGGUCAAAUUUUCAAGCGAGACCAUAUUGUUUGUCGAAAAGUAUGAGAUCGUAUAAGGCACAAAUGUAAUGAGCGCCCCCGCCUUGGUGCGUGUGUGAGUGGUUUUGUGUUCUUAUUACUACUUCUACUUCCUAUCCUCCUACCCCAUCCCAAUUAAGGAUCGACAUAGCGUGUUAUGUUAAUUCUUAUGCAUACAUAUGAUUUAUAGAAAUGUUAGCCUAUGCUCUUAUUUUAAAGUUGAAUAUCAAGAAUGCACGUUUUAAAUUAAUGCGUGCCGAUGACUUUUAAAGUCGUGCGCGCUUUUCGCAGUAGUUCCAAAAAAAUGUGCUCUAAACAACAGUAAUAGUAUAAACAAAAAUAUAUUAACAUUGUGUGUAAAACGUA